AUGUCGAGAAGAUACGAUUCAAGAACCACUAUAUUCUCACCCGAGGGAAGAUUGUACCAGGUUGAAUAUGCACAGGAAGCCAUAUCGAUGGCGGGGACUGCAUUGGGGAUAGUCUCCAGUGAAGGUGUUGUCUUGGCAUGUGAAAAGAAGGUAACGUCGAAACUAUUGGAUGACGAUGGAAGUGCAGAGAAAUUGUACAUAAUAAAUGAUCAGUUAAUUUGUGCUGUUGCCGGUAUGACCUCCGAUGCUUCGAUCUUGGUCAAUAAUGCCAGGGUCCAAUCGCAACAAUACUUGAAGACCUAUAAUGAGGAAAUCCCCUGUGAGAUUUUAAUCAAGAGGGUGGCAAAUAUCAAACAAGGUUAUACUCAACAUGGUGGAUUGAGACCUUUUGGAGUCAGUUUUCUAUAUGCUGGUUGGGACGACAGAUACCAAUAUCAAUUGUACACUUCCAAUCCUUCUGGAAAUUUCAGUGGAUGGAAGGCUACUAGCAUUGGGGCUAAUAAUGCUGCUGCACAAACAUUGUUAAAGAAGGACUACAAGGAAGACUUGACUUUGAAAGAAGCAUGUGAGUUGGCUAUUAAGGUAUUGUCAAAGACCAUGGACGCAUCCAAUCUUAACAGUGAGAAACUAGAGUUUGCUACAUUGAGUUUGGGAAAGGAUGGAAAAGUUUUGCGCAAGAUAUGGAGCGAUAAGGAUAUUGAUGCAUUGAUCCAAGCAAGUGGGGUAUUGAAUGAUAAGCCAAACGAUGACGAUGAUUGA